UGGAACUUUCACUUUUAUUACCUUGUAGUAUGGUUUAAUGGUUUUUGUUAUUACAUCAUCAAUUUUACCAAAAAAAAUUAUUAUUACAUCAUGAAAUCGAAGCAAAUUAACUAAAAGUAGGAUUAUAACUAUGUCGGUUUUCAAGUGACAGUUUCCUGAGUCAGAUUUUGACCCCACAAAUUAUAGAAAUCAGUAUUAAAACUGCAUAAGAUUUGAAUAUUUGAAUAUUGUUAUAAUUUAUAACAAAAUUAAAUUCUAAAUACGAUGUCAUUAGCCAACAUAAUAUAUGAAUCAUUUAAAGAUGCAGAAACGCCAUAUAGCAUACCAAUUAAUUAGCAGUGGCAAUUAGACAGUAAUAACACUUGUAAAGAGAAAUAUACAUAUACCGAUAAGUCUGAUAUACAUACAUAGUAUAAAAACUGAAACAGCAUCAUAAUUAAUUAGUUUUCAUAACUACAUGCCGACAAUAACACCUUUUCACGCUCCAAAAAAUUCAAAUUAGUUUUGUUUUUUUUGAAACAAAAAUCAAAUUAAAUUGUGACCAAAGAUAUGGUUCAUGCUACCUCUAUGCAUAUGUACUUAAAUGAUAUGUAUAGUAUUUUAUAAUAGUAUAGUUUAGAUUUCUCGUCAGUUGGUUGGUUGAUAACAAAUUCCUCGUAAAAUAAAACUAAAAAUGUUCUCAUAUAAUACACUUAGACUUUAUUUAAAUCAAGUUGGUGUGUGUCAUGGAGGGCAGGUCCAUAGGUGUUUCGUCCAACACAUUAUUUACCAUUUUGAUAUUCAAGUUUGUUAUUAAUAAAAUGUUUUUUGACUAACCAACAACCCUAUACUUGAAAAUUCUACAUAAAUAUAUAUAACCAACCGCCGCAGUAUUAUUCCACGACUUGCCAAUUAUUUUUGUUCAAACAGCACAUUUCACAAAAGAAAACACAUCUGAUCUUUUCUCAUUCGUUUAUAACUUUUCUCGUCUGUGUUUCUAGUUUUAUGGUGAGAGAAUCAAUGGAGGUUACUCAAUAUCAUCAAGGUAAUUUUAAUAAAGGUUCGAGUUCUAGGGUUUCCAUGAACAAGAAUUCACAAGUAAUAUCCAAGAUCAAGCCCAAGAUUCGCAUCAUCCAUAUAUUCGCACCGGAGGUCAUCAAGACCGACGUCAAAAACUUCCGUUCACUCGUACAAAGUCUAACCGGAAAACCAGCAGCCGUAGAGGUCAAAACCGGUAAAAGGAGUGCCAGACCGAGAAUUCCCACGUCUCAAGAACCGGUUUGCGGAGAUCAUCAGCCGGUUAACAGGCGUACUAGUUUCACCGGUUUAUUAGCAAACGGUGGAAACCAUGAGGUAAAAGAAGAAUGGGGAUCCGGUGAUCAGAAUACUAGGAACACAAACACUUACUUUGACCUAGAAGGUUUGAUCCAAGAUGUUGGAGAAGAUUACUUCUCUUCGUUUCCUAUGAGAUCUUCUCCUUCUUCUUCACAAGUUGAAGGGUUCACCUUCAGCAACAACAACACCAGCAACUGCUUCGAUACAAAGGGUCACAAUAUUUCAUAAGUAACCAAAGGUUUUAUCUUCUAGCUAGGGUUUCUCUGAUCCUUCAAUCACAUUGGUUGAUGAGAUCUAAUCGUUUGGGGAAUGAAAGCAAGCGAAAAUUGUCAUGUUUUUGGGAUUUUCAUUUUGAUGGGUAUGAUGAGAAACUGAAACUUUUGGUAGACUGACUUUGCCAAGGUUGAGGGUUGUAAUGGAGAGUUUAAUUUAUGUGCAGUCCUUCUCGGAGAAGUGACUGUAUCUAAUCGUCGUGGGUAAAAAACCCCAAGUUAUUUUGAUAUGUAACUUCAUUGAUGUGCUACUAUUGGAUGUGUAAUAAUUCUUGGUGUGUGUGCUUGAUUAUCUGUUGUAUUGUUGGACAAAAGUUUGUAUGGUUAGAACAGAGAAUGACUAGCUAGUGUUUCGUUGUUAUAGAUAAUCGAAUGUGUUACAUAUCAAUGGUUAACUUACUCAAACAUACUUUAAAAUGUGAGGAAUUUAACUUACAUUUACACAUACAUACAUUUCAGCACAAUAUUUCGUCUUCUUGGCUAAAAAUAGUUUUUACUAAUUCAAUUUUUUUAUAGAAAUUUGAAAUUCAACACCAACUGUUACAGUUUGUUUCAUCCUCUUUGUUAUACCAAAACAAUAGGUCAAUA